AUGGCGAGGACGCAGAGAAUGCCGCGACUCGGUGGAGGGUUCAGGUCCAGCGCGAGCAAGCUGAUGGGGAUUUGCCUGGGUGGAGUUGUAAUUUUUUGUUCCGGGCAUGCUACUGCAGACAACUUUCUUGAAGGGAUUCACAAUCGGGGUUUGCAAGAUGCACGUGGAGCAGGCACCAUGAGUGGUCCAACAUUCAAAGAUGGCGUCGCCACGUGUACGCUUUCGGGAGAAAAUCAGGCUAAAGGUGAACAAACUACAGCUACCGCGCUGACGUUGUCUACAGAGAAUCUCACUGCCAGAUUAGAUUGUUCUGGUGCCAAAAAUGUUGCCGUACCGCAAGGCUUACAAACAGUGUGUAAACCAAAGCAGACCUCUGCCAGCCUCCAAGCGCAUAUCGAUGCAGAGAAGUGCAAGUUCGGGACAGCUAACGCUUCUGAAGGCACGGAGGUCCCACUGGACGAACUCCUCGGGGCUAGCAAAAAGCUGGCGUGGGCAAACGAAUCAAGAUCUCGAACUCUCGGAACCGGCGAAACGUGGACCCUGACGUUAACUGAGGACGAUCUUCCUUUGAAGGACACACCCUUCUUCGUGGGUUGUAAGCAGAGUAACGAGAAUGAAAGAGAUCUUCCAGGUUCGUGCAAAGUGCCGGUACAUGUGGAAGCGAGACCUUCUUCUGAAACCAACAACGUUGUCACUUGUGCCUACGGUCAAAACAGCAACACACACGCCUUGGAGGUCGAGCUCACAGCAGAGAAAAACGCUGUGACCAUCGAGUGCGGUAGCGUCGGUUCCCCCCUGCCUGAAAACCCGACUAUUCACUAUUGUGCUCCCGACGAUGGAAAUUUGGAUUCCUGCUCAGCGAAGAAAUACGUUGACGCUCUGCCGAUGUUUGAAGAGAAUUGGGUGAAGCAGGACGGGGAGAAAUCCUCUGUCACCCUGACGAUCCCCGAGUCCGGAUUUCCGGUGGAGGAUCAGAAACUCCGCUUGGGAUGUGUUCCCAAGGCAGAUUCGACAAGGGUGGCUAGCGGAGGGCAGGCUGAUACGGCGUUUGGAGAAACAGCAUCGAGUUGCAAUGUUAUGGUGACGGUCAGAGCGUCGAACGCCGCAUCAUCUGCAGUAUCCACUCUGCAAGCGGCGGCUGUUGCCUCCGGCGCUGUCGCCGUGGCGGGGCUUCUUGCUGGUUCCCUUUAG